AUGAAGCGAAGACAAACAAAACAAGUCCUAUCUAACAUUGCGAUUCCGACCUCCAAGGACUUGGUGAAUAAUCCUGUGUUGGGAUUUCAAGUGGACGACAAAUCUGCGUACGCUAUCAAGUCAUUUGGAGAGUUCUUGAAUACCUGUCCUCCGGCACUUCCUCCGCCACCAUUGACUGGAACGUGGUUUGUUACGUAUGCCAGCAAAAAAUGGCUACAGACAACACUGGCUGAUCUUGACGAAGUACGUGAAACAUAA